UCGGGCGGGUCUUUGGGGCAAUUUGGUUCGCAGUCAACUGGUUCCACGAUGUACUCUCGUUUGUUCCUGACUACCGCUUGCAAGGAGAGACUGCGCCUUUUACAAUCUGCGAUGAAAGAAGUAAGCGACAAGUCUGGGGUCAUGAGCGAUGUCGUCGACCGACUGUUGCAUUGGUCAUUGCCAGCCAUCCAGUCAGAGUUCGGGGACGGUGUGGCGUCGAGGAUCGAGAGAACACUACCGGCCGGCAGCCGUGCAGAUGUGUUUCGUCUCGGAGCAGGCGGGGAUGAUUCGACAGCGGACGCUGAGGAUGAUGGCGAGCGUGAGGGUGAAGGGAGUGGUGGAGGCAAUGGCGGGUCAUUUUAUGGGUUGGAUGAUUCACUACCGCGUUCAGGGCACGGGUCACAGUGUGGCCGCAGAUCGCGCAGGCGGCCACCAAGUCGUGGCAGGUCGCGUUCGCAUUUUGAACAUGUACGUCCUUUGUGCUGGGACGAUUCGAAGGAUGGUGCUCUGCAAACCGAACCUUGCAAUAAUCGGUACGCAUAUGUGUUGGAAUCAAUGGGGCACUGGGAAGGCUCGAAAGCGCCUGAUGUCGUCUUCGUGGAGCCGAUUUGUCGCAUUUCGCUUGCUUGUGAUAAGUCCUGUCGUUGGACAUGGCACAGUGCACUGGUUGGGGGAGUUGUGUACUCUUGCAGACUUCAGCAGCAGUUAUUCCAUGCGACCGUCACUGCGGGUAUGACAUAUACCGUCCUCAAUGACUUCUGCAUCGCGUUUGGGGUGGCACCUGUGCACAAGCCCACUUUUUACAGUUGCAUGCGCGGUGAGCCGAAUGUGCGUGAGGGUUGGAAUGCAAAGGUUGUCAGGCAGAGCGUGCGGUAUUGCGACUUGGCCAUUGACACGGUUAUGCGAUUAGGGAGACCCGUCACUUUGAUGGUUGACGGUCGCUACGACUCGGCCAGGUCUGCGCAACAUUGCACUGUUACCGUGAUUGAGUGUGAUACUCGUCUUGUGGUGGGUGUUCACACCCUUCGGCCAAAAAAUGAGGGAAAGGCGUCGAACCAACUUGAGGUUCCUGCUGUUGUGCGCCUGUUGAGAGGCUUGAUGUCGAGGGAGUUGAAGAUCCGGUGUGUUGCCUCCGACGAUUAUGCUGCAUUGGGUCCACAAUUGGAGCGUCUGGGUAUUGAAUGGCAGAAGGAUUGCCAUCAUAAGGUAAAAAACAUUCGCAAGGCACUUAGAAAAGUCGUGACACUGAAGGUGCCAAAGAAAUUGAACAACCCUCAUCAGUGCGUGUCGGAAUCUCAGUUUAUGCAGUUCACGAAGAAGGAGCUGUUGGAUGCCUUGACAGACCGUUUUGGACCAGGAUCUUUGACGGCAAAAGAAGAACGAUUGAAGAAGAGCGACUUCGUUGCUCUUGUGAUUAGCAAAAUGUACCCGUACGGCACGAUGAAAAAUAACAAAUCCUUGGUCGUGGAUGCAGAUGGUGUGACUGAGUUCCAUAUGCAUGAGGUGGGGCAUUGGUUUCUUUGUGCUUCCCAGCUUUGCAGAGAUGAGGGCGGCGACUUUGUCACUCUGCACAAUGAUGUCAUGAUGAUCGCCGACCAUUGGGCCGAGGACCACUCCAGGCAUUGUAGCACGACCAUUUGUUCGUACUACACGGAGUUCCGUCACAGGUCGACUGUUGAGACCUUCCAGGGCACAAUCAUCAUUUACACGAAGAAGACCUUGCACUUCGAGAAGUCGUAUGAGCCGCGUUUGGCGAUUGCAGUCAUUCGAUGGAACAGUCAUGCAUGGSAGGAUCCCUUGGAGUAUCGUGUCCGCAGGCCUUCUGGGACUUCGAUUCGUCCAAGGCCGAGCCACUACCGUCACAAUCGGCCACCUACCGAUUCGUGGAUGGAUCGGUUGUCCACGUUCAUCUUCGGUUCAAAAUGUGUUUCAGAUUGGACUCGACGCCUUCUCGAGUACGACGACUGUGAUGUGUCAGGCGAGGUCGGGUCCUCGACACCUCCUCUGCCUCGCGAUUUUUUUUGCAGAGGCGAGGAUACCAUUGCCCGUGACGAGGACGACGUUGCUUCAGGUGCGGAUCCCGACGUUAUGGGGGAUGACGAUGUUUUCAUCAUUGGCGACGGGGAUUGGUUGCCUGGACCGGCGGAUGCCGUGUCCGAUCGAUUAUGCGAUUCUCUAUUGGACGCAGAUGAUGUCGACUUGUUCGACGACUGACAUCAUGUUAUGUCGUAGUAUCUUGUACAUGCGACUUUUAUGUUUUUCGGCUUUUUAGUU